GUGAUGAGAUCACCGAUUUUGAACCAAUAUCAGGUACCAAAAUCCAACAACAGCAAAACCGCGGACGAGCAGCCAAGCCUGCAUGUGAGAACUAAGCUGAGCGAAGCCAUGAAGGCAAGUGAAGAACUCUACGAAUACAUCAAACCUCGUAGUAAUGUUCAUGCGGUGAUAAGAACUCUUACCGUAAAAAUAAGAUCCGCGCUUGCGAUAGCUGAACGUGAACAGCAGACCUGGCGGGCAAGAGCAGAAAAAGCGGAGAAUGCUCUGAAAGAAGCUGUGCAGAGUAAGGCAAAGGAAGUGAUCUUGACACCGACGGUAGACUCUACCCCACUAACCGCAAAGAGGAGAAGACAAACUCCAGAAGAAAAGAAGGAGACGAAAAAACACAAAGAUGGCAGUGAAGGUGCUAGGGGUGAAAAUAAGCAAAACAAUGAAGAUCCGAACGGGUGGCAUAUAGUCGAAAGGAAGAAAAAAGAAAACAAAAAGAAAGGAAAAACUAAGCCUAAGAUGGAGAGGCAGAAACCAGAAGCUCUUAUUGUGAGCGCAGCGGGGGUUGCGACCUAUGCCGAGAUCCUGCGGAAGAAAAAAGAAAACAAAAAGAAAGGAAAAACUAAGCCUAAGAUGGAGAGGCAGAAACCAGAAGCUCUUAUUGUGAGCGCAGCGGGGGUUGCGACCUAUGCCGAGAUCCUGCGGAAGGUGAAAGAAGAUCCGUCCUUACAGAAUCUUGGGGAAAACGUGGCCAGGAUAAGACGAACACAGAAUGGAGAAAUGUUGUUUGAAUUGAAGAAGAACCCAACGAUUAAAAGUUCGACAUAUAGAGAGCUAGUCGAAAAAUCUCUGGGAGAAACGGCGAAAGUUAGGGCUCUUUCCCAAGAGAUAGCGAUCGAAUGUAGAAAUCUGGAUGAGAUCACAACAGACGACGAGCUGAGAGAAGCCCUGAACGAACAGUUCGAACUUAGCGAUGUCUCCUUAACAAUUCGACUGAGGAAAGCAUUUGGAGGUACACAAACAGCAGUGAUAAAACUGCCAAGAAUCGCAGCAAGAAAACUGCUAGAGACUGGCAAGAUAAAAGUUGGAUGGACGGUGUGCCCUCUAAGGGCUAUUCAGCAAAUGAUGAGAUGCUUUAAAUGCAUGGACUUUGGCCACCAAUCUAGAAACUGCAAUGGACCUGAUAGAUCGGACUCUUGCUUAAGAUGCGGUAAUAAGGGGCACUUAGCGAAAAUGUGUACUAAGCCUCCAAGAUGCAUGCUCUGUACGACGGAGGUAGAUAACGAUCACGUCACCGGAGGCUCGAGAUGCCCAUUCUUUAAAAGAGCGCUGGCAGCAACAAGUAAAUGGAGGUAACACAAAUAAAUCUCAACCACUGCGACACGGCACAACAAUUGCUAUGGCAAGCCGCAUAUGAAAUCAAAUGCGAUGUGGCGAUCAUAGCAGAGCCGUAUCAGGUACCCCCAGACAACGGAAAUUGGGUAACCGAUAAAGCUAAAAUAGCCGCAAUUACGACGUUGGGAAAAUACCCCUUCCAGGAAGUUGUAUCCAGUGAAUAUGAAGGGUUCGUGAUUGUCAAAAUUAACGACAUCUUUGUAUGCAGCUGCUAUGCACCCCCGAGAUGGACGAUUGAGCAGUUCGACCAGAUGCUCCACAAUAUAACGGAAGAGCUCAUCGGACGGCAUCCCAUAGUCAUCGACGGGGACUUCAACGCCUGGGCAGUAGAGUGGGGGAGCAGAUUUACCAAUGCGAGGGGGUUUAGUCUGCUCGAAGGACUGUCAAAGCUGAAUAUAAGACUAGUUAAUGAGGGCUCUACUAGCACUUUUCGCAGGGAUGGGAGAGAGUCAAUUAUUGAUGUAACCUUCUGCAGCCCGUCGUUAGCAUCGAACAUAAACUGGAGAGUGUGCGAGGAUUAUACCAACAGUGAUCACCAAGCGAUUCGCUACACCGUCAGUACUCAGUCGCCAUUAACAAGGAGAGGGACGAGAACAAAGUGUAAGAAGUGGAAGCUGAAGGAGUUUGACAAGAACCUCUUCAUCGAAGCACUCCAGGUGGAUCGAACAACUUCUACUUUAAAUGCAGUCGAACUGACAGAGGUUGUAACGAGAGCAUGUGAC